AUGAUUAUUAUUGAUGCUUUGGCUUAAGUUAGAGCAAAAUUUAAAAUUACUACAUUCAGGACAGAGCAGAUCCAAGAAGAUAUUGAGUAAUCAACGAAAAAGAUUAUAAAAAACAUUCCUAACUCAGAUGAACUUAAAUAAUUGCUGAAGUAGAGAGAUCUGUAUGGAAAUGAUGCCCUCUACUAUAUGGCCCUCUACAAUGUCUAUACUAUUUUAGACACAAGCGCCACUGAUAGAAUCCUUCAAGAUUUUUGGAAGAGUAAUAUUGAUGUAAAUGGUUAUCUAUGGGAGGCUUCGACUUCUUUUAGAUUACUUGUUAAUUAUGACUCAUCAAAGAUUGAUUAUGAGCUUGAGACAUUGUGCAUUUUUUUCUAGUACUUUAUUAGUCAAUUUAACUCUCUUGUUCAUGACAUAAAUGAAGAUAUCAAGAAAUUGGAAAAUACUGCUGAAUCUAAUCAUGCUGAAUUGGUUGAUUAAUUAGGUGACGAAUUACAUGAAGCUGGAAAAGAUAUAUUUGAUGCAAUGUGGGUAUCAAUAGUAAUGUACGCUUUUCCUAUUAGAAUGAUUUAGACUUUUUUAUUCGCUAAAUUAACCAAACGAAACUAUAAUCCAAUAAAUGCUAACUUCAUUGUUGAGUUAGGUUUGACUAGCUGUGUUGCAAUUUGGAUGUAUUAUUCUCAAAAGUUUUAAGAUUAGAGUCUCCUUGACAACAACUAUGGAGAAUAACUCACAAGUGAAGAAAUAUUCGUAUUAAAUGUAAUAGAGCAAUUAGAAGAAGGAAAAUUCAGAUUUGACAUUCUUCUCGCGUUUCAUACAGGAUUACUUUGGUUAAGAGUGAUUUUAUUACUUAAACUUACUAGAUCUUUUGGGCCAUUGAUCAAAAUAGUCGAGUGCAUGCUAGUUGAUAUCGGUUAAUUUGCUGUUAUAUGGUUAGUUAAUCUAGUAUUUUUUUCAUGUAUGGGUAUGCUAUUGUUUGGUGAGAUUGAAGUUUAUGAUUAGUUUCAAGAUACAAUAAUAAUGUUUAUUUAAAGUGCUCUUGGCUCUUGGGAUAUGACUAUUUAUGAUAAUUUGCUCAUAGGCCCUUAUUUCGGGAAAGUUUAUCAUAUCAUAUUCUUGGUUUUUAAUAUGGUGCUUUUGCUUAAUCUUAUGAUUGCUAUUUUAUCUACAACGUUUUCGAUUUUAUAAGAGAAAAAACUAGCUCUUUAUUAUGAUGGUAUAAUAGAAGCGAUACCGUAGUAUAAAUUCGAUAAAACUUAUGGCUCUAUGAUAUGUGCAUUCCCUCCUAUAAAUUUAAUAAUAUUUCCCUUUAAUUUGAUUAGUAUUCUUACAAAAGAUAAAAUUUUCUUAAGAAAACUUGAUCAUUUACUUAUGAAUAUUGCCUAUGUACCAGUCCUAUUGAUUAUCUUGAUAUUUUUUAUUGCUGGAAAUGCAUUUUGUCUUCCUUUUUCAUACCUAUAUACACUCUAUAAGAAAUUCAAAUAAAUUUUUAUUGACACAAAGAAUAAGCCAGUUCAAAUAUUAAGAUUCCUUGAAUUCCUCUUAUUUGGUUUGGUUUAUCUCGGUAUUAGCUAAAUUUUCGAUAUUUAUGUUUAUUUUAAGCAUUGCUAUUCAAAUAAUUAUGAGAAGCUUUAACCUUUUGUAAGACCAAGAAUAUCUAAAAGAUCUAUAAAAGCUCUCUUUGAAAUCACAGAGACAUAUCUCUAUAAUGGAAAAAAAUUUAUUGAUAUGAGAAUACUUAUGGGAAGAUUAAGAGAAAAAAUUCAUUUAAAUGCAGAUAUAGCCUAACUAAUUUAUGGACCAUUGAUGAAGAAGAGCAAUUAAGAUUCUUCAUAUGAAACAAUCGUAGGAAAUGAUAACUUCCUAAAGAACAUUUAGGCUUUUAAUAAUCUCAAAGUAGUUAUAAAGAACUGUACAGAUGAGCAUCAUUAAGUCGAUUUAAAACUAAUAAAUAUACAACUAAGAGAAAUGCAAAUAAAAAUGAGAAUAAUUAUCAACAAUCUAAGAAAAGAAGCUUCUCAGUAAAAUGAAAGUUAGAAAACAAUUUCUAUUGCUUAAUAAACUUAAAAAGUCCUUACUAAAAACCUAAAAGGUAAAUAUUCCUCUCAUAUCUAAUUUAUAGAUAAAUCUCAGAUUAGCCAGUACUUAAUUACUGAGUAUUAGAGACUAAAGAAAAAUAUUUCAACUGAGUUUGCAUUUGUGAAUCCCCGAAGAAUCCUAGACUCAAUCAGAGACAAAUAUGACAGAGAUAAUUAGUAAAAUAAGUAACUGAUUUUUUAAACUUCUAAUCUAAUUUAUAGAGCUGUUCUUCAAUAAAUCUUGAAGAUUGUUACUGAGGAAAGAGAACUCAGGAUAGCAUAAAAAAGACGUCAAAUACCUAAGUCUAGCGUUACAAGAUCUAAUACCUUAUAAGGGGAAAUAAGUUUGAAAUAGCAAAAUAGAAAAGCUAAGACCAUACUAGACUAAGAUCAAAUGGAAUAGGAAUAAAGUGAAGAAUCUUUUUGGCAAGAUUUAGAAGUUAAAGAAGAAAAUAAAGCAGGUAAUGGAGAUAAUACUCUAGAAUUCUGA